UAAAGCAGAUGCCGGUGCACAGCUGACGACACACGCCGCGAGGCACAGUGAGCAGAGUGGUUUGUGCGUGGAAUAACGCUACUGUCUUUGACUGUUCCUGGUGAAUCAUUGCUCCAAUGGCAAACUAUAAAGUUUUAGAUAGCUCAAUUCAAAAAAUUCUGAAAGAAAGUAUUUCUUUAGAUGAACAGCAGAAGAAACAAUAUAAUGCAAAGUUACAAGAGCUUUUUGAUAUAUUGGAAACAGAAAUGAAGAAACAAGAAGACUUCAAAGCACUUUUUCGACAAAAACAGUAUGUAGGAAGCUACUUCGAGAAUCUGAAAAUUGAAGAGCCCGAUGAAUUUGAUGUUGAUUUUGAACUAGUCAUCCCUUCAUAUGUUGGUGAGUUAAAGGUCUGUGCUAGCCCACAUCCUGGUUUCUGCCAGCUAAAGCUGAAUCCGCCUCCUGCAGCAUCAAGUAGUGGGAAUGAUACAGUCAAAACAAAAGUUAAGAGGUGGUUUGAUGAAAAAGGCUUUAUGUUAAGGUCAAAAGUUCAUCAAUGGAUGCAAGGUGUUGUCGAUAAUGCAUUAAGGGAGUACAGAAGUAGUGACACGAAAAAAACAUUUAAGAUUGCCAGAUCUUAUUCAGGGCCAGCUAUUACCCUCAAUGUAGAACAUGCUACACAACCAGAGAUGAAGUUUUCAAUUGACCUUGUUCCUGUCUUUGUUUUCCAAGACUGGCCAACUACAGUCCAUAAACUGCACAAAUAUAAAAAGACAAUGGGUGGUGAUAAGAGAUGGUACGCAGUGCCAAAAUCAAAAGAAUCUGAAAGGGAUUUUCGAUUGUCAUUUUGGCAUCAAGAGAAACACUUGCUUUCUGGAAAAAAUCAGUUGAAGCCUGUAUUAAAAUUAAUGAAGAAACUAAGAGAUGUCCAAAAUUGGAAAGGAAUUGCAAGCUACUACUUAAAGACACUCUUUUUGUGGAAAAAUGACACUGAUUAUCAAUGGUCCAAAAGUAUGGGUGAGCUUUUUAUUGAGAUGCUGAGAGAGCUGAAAGAGUAUUUACUGGUUAAAAAAGCCCUUCCAUUUUACUGGGUCAGUGAAUGUAAUCUGUUUUCACAAUUAAAAGAUGAACAAAAAAAGUGCAUGGGAGGAUUUCUGCAGAGGAUGAUUACAGAUAUUGAAAAAAAUUUGGAUCAACCUGACUACUUGCUGAAGUAUUUUAAUCUAAGUAACGGUAACAGGACAAAACCUUGUAGGAAAGUUGAAUUGGAUGAUGGUGAAGAUAAUAAGCUUGCCAUACAGGACAAAAUCGUAAUGGAUGACUCUAAUGAGCUUCUCUUAAGAGACACAAUUGAAUUGGAAGACUUUAAUGAGCAGAUCAUAAGGGACACAAUUGAACAGUUCUACACAGUCCAGAAGACAGUGCCCAGUUUGCAAAAUCUUCUGUCAGUUUUGCAGCAAAAGAAAAACUUCAAACAUAAUAGCAAUGCCCUGAGAAAAAUAUUGCAGUCAAUGGGGUUCACUUGGAGAAAAGUUGAGAACAAGCGAACUUUAUUACUAGAGCGUGCUGCUAUUGUGCACUGGCGGUCACGUUUUAUUUCACAGAUGAAGCACAUUAGACAGUCUGCCUCACAAAUCUUCUACAUUGGUGAAUAUUGGAUAGACAGUAACCUAAGAUGUGGCAAACUAGGUAUUAAGGCAAUGGGGAGUUCCUCAAGCAGACUGAUAAUUGGAAGUGUAGGAUCAAAGAAUGGAUUCAUAAGUGAAGCCCAGCUCCAGUUGUGGGCAACAUCUAACAAGGGUGGUUAUCAUGAGAAAAUGAAAUCUGCUACUUUCGAGAAGUGGUUUGAGGAAACCGUGCUGCCAAAUCUGCCUCCCCAUUCAGUAAUUGUCAUGGACAAUGCUCCAUGUCAUAAUAGACAGGUUGACAAAACACCAUCAAAGUAUGAUACUAAGGUGAAGAUGAUUGAGUGGCUACAAAGAAGAGGUCUCUCCAGCAAUGACAGCUUGAGGAAGGAUACUCUGUACUCCUUAGUUAGAGCAAAUAAACCCCUGAAGAAACAAUAUGUAGUUGACACAAUGGCUGCAGGAAGAGGUCACGUUGUAGUCCGCUUGCCACCACACAACUGCAACCUAAAUGCAUUGGAAUUAGCAUGGGCUAAAAUUAAGAUUCUUGUCAGUGAGUACAAAAUCAUGGAGGAAAUGUCAGAUCAGUGUUUGCAGAAGCUUGCUGUCGAUUCCAUUCAACAAGUUACUACUGAAGACUGGGAAGAGUAUUGCAGAAAUGUUCAUGAGCUCGAGAAGGAAUGCUGGAAACAUGAUGGUGUAAUGGAAAAGGCCAUUGAUGAUGUCAUUAUAAGCAUUGGCAAACACGAAACUAGUGAUGGUGAAACUGAGGAAUCAGACACAGAGGAUAGUGAUAGUGGAAGUGAUUGACUGGGGUAAUUUCUUAACUCUAAUGGUUCUUGUGGUUGACUAGGCAUAAACUUGCAUUCGAGGUAGUCUCAACAUUAUAAAAAUAAUGCUGUGCCCACAGUGUGUGCAGUGCAGUGUAGUGUAGUGUAAGGACUGAUCACAGAGUUUCUGUUUGAGGGAAUUGCUGCAGCAUACAUGCAAAACAGUGCUACUCUGAUGUGAGUAAGCAUCGGCACGAAGGCAAGGGAUUAGUGUGGUAUGCAUGUCUUUCCAACAUGCAUGCAGUAAAUGCAGAAACAUGAACUAUAGUGACAUAUUACCAAAUGCAUCCAAACAGUACCACUGUGCUGCUAUUCUCUUUUUGGCUGCCAAAAGACAAACACCAUUUGACAUCCAUUGAAGAAUGAAGAAUGUGUAUGGGGUGGCAUGUCUGUUAAAAAACAUCUAUAUCUUCAUCUAUACUCUGAAAACCACUGUGAGGUGCAUGGUACAAGCUAUGAAGGUAUGUCCCAUUGUACCAGUUAUUAGGGUUUCUUCCUGUCCCAUUCAUGUAUGCAGCGUGGGAAGAAUUAUUGUUUGACUGCCUCUGUGCAUGCAGUAGUUAUUCCAAUCUUAUCCUCACGAUUCCUUUUGAUCAAUACAUAGGGGGCUGUAGUAUAUUCGUAGACUCAUCAUGAAAAGCCAGUUCUUGAAAAUUUGUUAAUAGACUUUCUCUGUCUUCAAGAGUCUUCCAGUUCAGUUCCUUCAGAAUCUCUGUGACACUCUCGCACAGAUCAAACAACCCCAUGGCCAUUCGUGCUGUCCAUCUCUGUAUACAUUCAAUAUCCUUUGUUGGUCCUAUCUGGUACGGGUCCCACAUACUUCGGCAGUCUUCUAGAAUCGGUUACAUGAGUGAUUUAUAAGCAAUCUCCUUUGUAAAUUGAUUGCACUUCCCCUGUAUUCCACCAAUAAACCAAAGUCUACCGCCUGCUUUACCGAUGGAUGAACCUAUGUGAUCAUUCCAUUUCAUAUCCCUACAAUGUGUUACACCCAAGUAUUUAUAUCAGUUAGCUGAUUACAACAGUGACUCAUUGAUAUUAUAGUCAUAGGGUACUAUGUUUUUUUUUUUCAUUUUGUGAAUGUGAAAUGUAAGUUCUGUUCUGGCUCGAUUCAACACAAGACACCGCUUGAUAUGGGAGGCCAGCAGUGGGAAACACAUGAGUAACUGCCCUAUUACUCUGAUCUCUCCCCAUAUGGUUAUCACACCUUCAGUCCCUUAAAAAAACUAUGAAGGGUUGAUGGAUCCCUGUUGAAUGAGGAUGUGCAGCAUGCAGCUAUGGACUUCUCCAUGCAGCAGAACACAGUGUUUUACCAAACUGGUAUCUUCAACCUGGUGCAUUGGUGGGAUGAUUACCUCGGUGCUCACAGUGAUUUUGCCUGAUUGGCAUACCAAUUAUGGACUGUAUGAUCUUCAAAGAGAAACUUAUUGAUUGCACCUUAUAACUGAUCUUGACAGCCAUAUGUGGUAUAUGAUUAACUGUAACAAAACUUCCAAGGCUGUACAUUUUUGAAAUGUGUGUAACUGGAAUGGAGUUGUAUCACAGAAAACAAGUCAUGCCACUGGGCCACAAUCAGCUGCAUAUCAUGUUGAAAACAUCUCACCUUGCCCUCACUGAGCUGGCAUUUAUAGCAUCAUUAAUGAACAUUCAUCCAUCUAUCCCUUUGUUUUCAGUUGAGCCCAUACUGCACUGAAGAUGACUGUAUGAUAUUGCAUGCCAGUAACAAUUAUUUUGAGCUGCAGUAAGUAAAGUAAUCCAGGUGGCUUACAAACUGUGAUGCCACCAAAGUGCAGAUAAAUUAACCAAAAAGGUCAGUUCAAUAUCUCUCUCUCUCUCUCUCUCUCUCUCUCUCUCUCUCUCUCUCUCUCUCUCUCUCUCUCUCCACCUCUCAACCUGCUGGCAAAAUUGUUAGUGGACAUUAAUAUGGAGUGCACCCACCCUCAGCUUAUAACAAUUUGAACUAUGCUGGGGACGCUUUUGAUGAGGUGCCUGUAGGUCUGUGGAGGAAUGGCAGCUCAUUCUUCCUCAAGAGUUGAAACCAAAGAGUGUGGUGACACUGGCUGCUGGGUUUCAGGUCAGGAAUCUGAGCAGACUAGUGCAUUUCAGGAAUGUUAUUGUCUACAAAUUAUUGCCUCACAUAUACUGGUUUAUGACAGGGUGCUUUGUCACGCUGAUACAAUCAAUCGUCAUCUCCGAACUGUUCUCCAGCUGUGAACAGUACUCAGUGCUGUAAAUUAAGUUAAUAUCUUUCAGAAUGCCUUAAGUGCAGUAAUGUGACCAUAACUGAACCAUGAAAAAAACCUCUGUACUGUAACACAACCUCCUCUGUGUUUCACUCUUGGCACAACACAUGAGGUAGGGCAGGUAAUAUUCUCCAGGCAUUCAUCAAACCCAAACACUUCCAUCAGAUUGCCACAGGAUAUAAUGCUUCACCAUUUCAAAUAAUUUGUUUCCAGUCAUUCACUGUCUAGUGGCAUCAAUCUUUAUGCCACCUCAUGUGUUGCUUAGCAUUAUCUGAAGAAAUGCGUGGCUUUUGAGAAGGUUCUUGACCACUGCUCUCUAUUCUUUCUAACUCCUUGCACACAGUCAUUGUGCUAGCUGUACUGCUAGUAGCACUUUGGAAUUCAUGUUAUUCCUUGUGCUUAUUUCAACUGAUUUUUUACAAGCACCCUCCACAGUGCUUGAAUGUUCCUGUCCAUGAGUACAUGGGGUCUUCCUGGUCUGUUUAGCUGUGGUUGUUCAUCACCAAUGGUCGACUUGUGCAGCUUUAGAAAGGUUGAAACAUCCAUGAUGGAUUUGUUAUUCACAUGACAUCCACUGAUUAGUUCACUUUCAAAAACACUGAGCUAUCUUCGUGGAAACAUUUGCUGUUCCUGCGCAUCUACUGACAACACACCACCUCCUGCCGCCUUUUAUAUUGGCAGUUCUGCCUCUCGUGAUGUGUAGUGGUUAAUUAUACAUUAUGUAGAGAUGUCUGGAUACUUUUGAUCAGAUAAUUUUACUUCCACCUAAUAUACCCCAUGGCUUCAACCAUAGAUGAAAAUUAUGAAAACUUAAGGUUUUUCCACUUAGUGGUGGAAUAUGCUGUGCCUGCAGCUGCAUCCAUCUUUGCAUAAAGCAAAAUUUUCACCAUUCAGCUAUUUCAAUAAUGAUAAAGUAAUGGUGAUCAUCCAUCAUGUGAUCAGAUUGCUACAGAAGAAAGCUGAAACCAACAGUAUGUAUAAAACAAUGUAGUUACAUUGCCAUCAAAAAACAAUAAAAGUGUAGUAGUUGUUGUUAAUACUCAAAAAUUAAAGGUUGCAGUUGUACUAGUAGUAGUAUAGUAGUAGUAGUAGUAGUAGUAGUAGUAGUGGUGGUGGUGGUGGUGGUGGUGGUGGUGGUGGUGGUUGUUACCAUUAUUGUUUUCUAUUCAUCCAUGGAUAUUGUAAAUAUGGUUGUAGUAUAGUUCAAGAACAACAGCCUUAAAUAAUAUACAUAUUCACUAACAUACAUGGCCGGUCUCUGUGGGCGAGCGGUUCUAAGCGCUUCAGUCCAGAACCGCCCUGCAGCUACGGUCGCAGUUUCGAAUCCUGCCUCAGGCAUGGAUGUGUGUGAUGUCCUUAGGUUAAUUAGGUUUAAGUAGUUCCAAGUCUAGGGGACUGAUGACCUCAGAUGUUAAGUCUCAUGGUGCGUAGCGCCAUUUGAACCAUUUAAUAUACUUGUCUAGUAUGAUGAGGACAGCUAGUUGGCUAUAGGAACCAUCCCAACAAAAGUGGCACAAUGGGAAGUAUCUUUGCCAAGUACUUCAGUGGUUUACAGAAUAUAGAUGUAUAUGCAGAUGAAGUAAUUUAAGGAAACUAAGGGAAACCUAAAUCCAGGUGGCCAGAUGAGGAUUAGAGCCUCAGUAUUCCAGAAUGCAAGGCCAGUCUGUUUAAAACAGUAAGACUUCAUUCAGAUUACCCCUACUUUGCUUAAACAUUCUUCAAAACAAGUUAUUUUAUAAUGUACAAACCUAAAGUUACACUGUUCAUUUAUUUCUUAACACCAAUUGCUGCGCACACACACACACUGUACCCACCUUAUUUUGUGAUGUAAAAAUAUAGGUUAAUAACAGAUGAUAAUUGUUGAUAGUGUACAAGUAUAACAAAGGUGGCUGUGUACCUUAGCAUAGUAAAGUGGAUAUUGAAAAAAAAUAGCAAUUUAUUUGUCAUACAUAUGUAAAUUAGACACGCAGAUAAUAAAUGUCCAUUUCAGCAACCUAUGUGGUUUAUUAAUAUCAAGAAAAAUGUCUUGUCCUUAUUUUGUAAUGCUAAAUGUAAUUUGAAAACUUUAAUAAAUGUUAAAAUCAA